AUGUCCCACGAUAACAACACCAACAGGCUUGACGCCGCGGGCGGACUCCAGCCGCCGUCUCCCGAUCUCCCACACAAAGAGAACGAGGACGAGGGUACCAUUGUCGACACCGAGUCGCUGUCCAGCGACACGACCGCCCGCGCCAAGCAGGAAGGCAUCAAGCCAGCCUUCCUCGCCAAAGUGGAGGUGCUCAACCACGCCAUUGCUGAGAUCGGCAUGGGCCGAUACCAGUACGAGCUAUUUGUCUCGGGCGGUUUCGGGUGGUUUGCGGACAACAUUUGGCUGCAGGGUAUUGCCAUUAUCAUGCCCGCCGUCGCCAACGAGUGGCGUGGCUACCCCACCGUCCGUCUUGCCACCCUCGCGCUGUAUGUGGGCCUCAUCAUUGGAGCCACCUUCUGGGGAUGUUCCUGCGACAUUAUUGGUCGCCGCCUUGCCUGGAACAGCACCUUGUUCAUUGGAGCCGUGUUUGGUAUCGCUGCGGGCGCAGCCAACAACUUUGUGACCUUCUGCGCCAUGAUCGCCUGCUGCGGAUUUGGAGUAGGAGGCAACAUGCCAGUGGACGGCACCAUGUUCCUCGAGUUCCUCCCUGGAAGCCACCAGUACCUCCUCACCCUGCUGUCGGUAUGGUGGGCGGUCGGCCAGGUGGUCGCUUCUCUGAUCGCCUGGGGCUUCCUCGCCCGCUGGGGCUGCGAGACGCCUGCGGCUGGAACCUUCUGCAAGAAGGAGGACAACAUGGGCUGGCGUUACACGUACUACACCCUUGGCGCCAUGAUGCUGUUCCUCUGGGCUGUGCGCUUCUUUGUGCUUCCCGUGUACGAGUCGCCCAAGUUCCUCGCCUCGAUUGGCAAGGACCACGAGGCCGUCGAGGUCAUUCACAAGAUGGCUAAGCGCAAUGGAAAGACUGUCGAGUUGACGGUCGACGACCUGUACCGCGCUGCCGCCCCGCAUCUCACGGCCGACGAAAAGCUCGCGCAGGAGAAUGACCGUUCAGCCACCACCAAGUUCUCCACCUGGGAGCUGGUCAAGAACUCGUUUGACAACCUUAGUGCCGACCACGUCACUGCUCUGUUCUCCACCAAGCGCCUGGCCUGGUCCACUACGCUCAUCACAUUCUGCUACGCCGCUCUCGGUCUCGCGUACCCGCUCUACAAUGGUUUCCUCGGCACAUACCUCGCCCAGAAGAACGCCGAGCUCGGCAACAUGAACCUCAAUGACACCUACGCCUCGUACACUUACCAGGCCGCUUGCGGUAUUCCUGGCUCGAUCGUGGCUGCCUUCAUGGUUGACUGGUCGCGCUCAGGACGCAAGGUCGCCAUGGCCGUCUUCACCCUCUGCGCAGGCAUCUUCCUGUUCGGUUUGACGGCCUCCAGGACCCAGGUCCAGGUCAACGCCCUUACCUCGAUGGCGGCGUUCUUCGAGAAUGCCUUCUACGGCGUUCUGUACGGAUACGCGCCCGAGCUCUUCCCUACCCCGUCUCGCGGUACCGGUGACGCCAUCUGCUCGGCCGCGAGUCGCAUCACCGGUCUCUUCGCCCCCAUCAUUGCCGUCUACUCCAAGGCGGCUCUCACUCCCAACGGACCCGUGUACGCGUCUGCGUCGAUCUUUGUCGCCACUGCCUGUGUCAUGUUGCUCCUUCCUGUGGAGACGCGCGGCAGGACGGCUCUGUGA